AUGGCUCUAUUUCGAUCACAUCAUCCCAUAUACCUGGAACUCGCCAAUCAAUCUUCCUCUUCCUCUACCUCGACUAACGCCGAGGCCACUAUAAAUGUUCCUUUAGACAAGGUUCAUCACCUCAAGAAAGCCUUCGAUGGUCUCGAAACCGAGUCAACUCCAGAUUGGAUCGUCUAUGACUUUGCUGCUUAUUGGUUAUCCUCCACUGCAGCUAAGCUUGGAAUCUCAUGUGCCUUGUUCAGCAUUGCCAAUGCAUGGUGUAUGGCUUCAUUGGGAACCACAUCAGUUGUGAUUGACCAAUGGGAUUCAAGGAGUGGGACCCAUCUCCUUUAG